GUAUAUAUUGUAUCUGCAAAGUGUAUUUUGCAUACAUUGUUCUACUAACAGUCUCACUGUACGGUUAACUCGACUUUUUCGAAUUUAUUUUGAAAUUUUUCACGUGUUUUUUUAAAACGUAAACAAACCACCUGCAUCAACAUGUCGAAAAUUAUCUCGAUUGUAUUCUGCUCCCUAUUCUUGGCUGCUAUCAUCUCACAAGUGUUCGGUUUCCCCGAACCUGAACCCGAACCACAACAUUAUGGUGGUUAUGGAGGACAUUACGGCGGUGGUCAUCACCACGGAGGACAUCACGGUGGUCAUCAUGGUGGACAUCACGGUGGUCAUCAUGGCGGACACCAUGGAGGUGGAGGACACUACCAUCACGGUUAAGAAACCAAAGCUCAAAGUUACCUAUUUGACUAUACCUAUACCUUGUACUAUUUGAUUUGCGUUAUUUCAUUCGUCGUCCAUCGUCUCCCUGGAUUAUUUAUUUUCUCCUUUAGUCAGCAUGCUGUAUAUAGUUUUUAAUUUGUAUUAUUUGUGUAUUUGAUAUUGUUUUAGCCUUUUGUGUAUGUGUAUUUGUAUAAAAUAAAUCGUUGAUCAACCUCACUAA